GCUGUGUACCGGUGCCCCGAGCAGGUGUGGCACGUGGAGCUGCUGCCGCAGCCCCGGCAGCUCUACAUGCUCUGUGCCCACAGCGGCAUUUACUGCGUCUCCCUGGACCAGCAGAGCAGGUUAAUGGAGCAGACUGAUGGCGAUGGCCAAGAAAGCAAUUGCCCUUCCGGCGUCUUCCCUGUGGACUCGGACGCCUGCAUCUUCCCAGACUCCAGCCUGUGCAUGUUCACUCUGCUCAACAACUUCGUCAUCACUUUGUCCCAGGCUCAUGGCAAAUGGUGGAUGAAACUGCAUGAGCUUCCACGCCCCGAGCAGGAGAGUCCCCCGUACCGGCAGGUCAGCGAAGUGGGCUUCUGCCCCGGCCCCCAGCCCGUGGACGAGGGGGACGGCCAGCCCUCCCAUUUUCUGCCCGUCCUGUGCUGUGCGUCCUCCCCAGGCACUGUGGGGUCCGGGGAGGGGCUGUGGUGCUCAGGGGGCUUCGUGCUGGAAGAGCCCCUCUUCAGCCUGCUCUUUGGGAUUGACGCGGCCAUGCUGGAGUCUCCUAUGAUCCUCUGCGGCUUCCCGGAUGGACAGCUCUGCUCCGUGCCACUGAAGGCCCUCAGCUCUUUACCAGCUGUUGAUGGCUGCCACGACGUUUCGAACCAAGACCCACCAGUGAAGAUCCUCCAUCAUUUGGAAGAGCCCAUCGUCUUCAUCGGGGCCUUGAGAACGGAGCGGAGGGCGGUGGAGGAUGCUGAGGACGAGCAGCUCUUUGGAGACACUGGCUGUGACUGCGUGGUGGCCGUGGGCCACUACGGGAAGAUGGUGGCCGUCAAGGCAGAUCAGAGGGAGGAGGCGCCGGUGCCGGAGCUCAGGGAGAACUACUUGCGAGGGCCCCUUUCCUCCGACCCUGAGGACGCAGAGAGCUGCACCGGCGUCCUGCCUCCCGUCCUGUCUCCGGCCAGUUUAAGUAUCUGUAGCGUUGUGGCUCUUUCCUUGUCUUCUCGGGCAUCAGAAG